AUGCCCAAUACUUUAGACAACUCCUUCAUCACUAACGGGCCCUGGAAAACCGGCAUCUUUGAGGGUAAAGUCGCCUUCGUCACUGGCGGUGCCGGAACCAUUUGUCGUGUCCAAACGGAGGCAUUGCUUCUGCUAGGUUGCAAGGCAGCUAUCGUGGGUCGCAACAAGGAAAAAACGGAGUUGGCAGCCAAAGAGAUGUCAGGACUCAUCCAGGACCCCGACUCUGUUUUACCCAUUUCUGAAGUUGACGUCCGCGAGUUUGCCCAGUUGGAACGCGCAGUAGCGCUUACCGUGGAAAAAUUCGGACGCAUCGAUUUUGUCAUUGCAGGGGCUGCUGGUAACUUCAUAGCACCCUUCGAACGACUAUCUCCCAAUGCCUUCAAAUCAGUGGUGUCAAUUGAUCUUUUGGGAAGCUUUAACACCGCAAAAGCCUGCCUCCCGCAACUGAAGCAAAACAAAGGCUCCAUACUUUUUGUCUCGGCCACUUUCCACUACUACGGCGUUCCGUUCCAAAGCCACGUCGGCGCUGCCAAAGCAGGAAUCGACGCCCUUUCCAAUGCACUUGCAGUAGAGCUAGGGGUCUCUGGAAUACGCAGCAAUUGCAUCGCACCUGGCGCAAUCGACGGAACAGAAGGUAUCGCAAGGCUCUCUGGCACCGUGUCUAAAGAUCAGAUGUGUUCUAAGAUCCCGUUGCAGCGUCUAGGCUCCACAAAAGACGUCGCAAACACAACAGUGUUCUUGUUUUCAGACGCUGCCAUGUACGUGACAGGCACAGUGCACAUUGUUGAUGGUGGUAUGUGGCACUUGGGCACUCAUUUUGGGCGGGAAAUGUAUCCUCAGAAUUUACUAUCCGAGGAAAAUGCUAAAUUAUGA